AUGAGCGGCAAAGGAAGUGUCCCCGAUGCCUGGGACGACGAUUGGGUCAAUGUCGCCGAUAAACCAGAGGAGAAGACGACUGCCCCCGAACCAGCGCCAAAGCUUACCAAGGCAGAGCGCCGAGCGCAACACGUUGAGCAGCAGAAGCAGUUAUGGGACUCUGCAGAAAACCCCGGCAGAAACUUGUGGUUGGAGGCGCAAGGCGUCGCCCCAAUGAAGCAGGAGUUCAAGCCCACGUUACUCAGCCGCAAGCCGCCGACUAUCGCAAAGAAAGGUGCCGUGGAUGGCAUGGGCAAGCUGAGCCUGGAAGAUGACGAGGACAGCGAAGAGGAGAGGCGCAAGGCACAAGAGGCAAACUUCGAGGAACGCCAGCGUAAAGCAAAGAUCGAGCGGGAAGAGAAGCAGAGACGAUAUGCUGAGGCGAGAGAGCGAAUUAUGGGCUCAUCGAACGCCUCUCCUGCAGCCAAUUCCAGGGAGAGCUCCCAAGGACGAGACAACAACCGACGCGGACGCGGCAACAGAAUGAAUGGCAGCAGACGAAGUCAGCCAGACACUCCGGCAGAUAGAUCUCCGGUGAGAGCCGCACAGCCUCGGACUGGAGACAACCAGCUUUUCGAUCCAGAGGACAUGAGCAGGAGACUUGCGCCUAAGCGCGAGACGCCUCAAUCUCCUCGAGAAGAUCAACCUCUGAGACAGCCUCGUGGACCUGACAACAGCGGUAGAGGUGGUUUCGGAUUUGCUAGUCGAGGCGGAUCAACCUACACGUGA